AUGUCGACGAUUAUCGAUAAAGGUUAUUCUGACUUAUCUGAAAAGAGACAAAGAUACUCUACCUGUCGGGUAAAACUUACCAAGAAGUUGGAAAAAUCGGCCCUCGAUAAGUUAAAGACGCGACGCUGCCCCGCGGACAACACUGGUAUUGGUGUUGCGAGAACAUUCCGGUACGAACAGGCGUGCACGCGGUGUAAAGCGCUUCCUGAGACUUCGUGUGUUUAUCAUCGGGUUCACGCUAUCCUUGCAAGGUCGUACGUUCUUCACAUCAUUAGUGCCGUUACUCCCCCAUACAGCACGGCAAGAUUGCCGCAAUAUUGCAGCAACAUUUUUCGGCAAGAUUGCAAUAUUGCAGAACCAUUGCGAAAUAUUGUUGCAAGAGUACUGCAAGAUUGCAGCAACGCAAUGUUGCUGCAAACUUUUGUGCUGUAUGGGUCAACCUUCGACCAUUGCGACUUGGAAGACAAAUCCAUUCUUUGUGUAAUUUUAAUCUCAGUUUCCGUGAGAGAAGAUCGUACAUUGGUGCAUGCAAGAGGUUACGUUCCGCUUUUACUCGCGAAGUCGUGCGUUCUACGAAUUAUCGGUGCCAAAGGUACUGUUCGUUAUUAUUCGGACUUCAAUCAUUGUGACUGAACAAAGAAGACACGCUCUUCAAUUUUAAUCUGUGUUUCCACGAGGAAAGAAGACGAUCUCGUACGUGCAACAGUUACUGAUAUGUUCUGUGGUAUUUAUCCUUCAACGUCAAUAUAUUAUCUGUUGUAUCUGCGACUUGUUCUUGCGCAAUUAGCGGUAAUACAGUGAAAUAUUGCGCAAUUAUAGAUAAUACAGAGUCUGGUGUUACAUAAUUAUUCCCUAGUUCGCCAAAGCAAGUGGUUCAAGAAAAUACAUAUUUGCUUUGUUGUAUGGAAAUGUAUAUACAAUCACGGAAGUGGAAUCGUUUUAACGUUUCUACAUAUAUAAUAAUACUUAAAACUACCGUUAUACUUAUUAUCAAUUCGAUCGUUGUUACUGGUAAAAGUGAAUAUUUAUGUUCCACUUGCUGGUGUGAAUAAUUAUGUUUCAUUUGCGUUUUCUCAUACAAUACGAUACAAGAAACCUGUUCCUGUACCCUUUUGCAAGUUCUAUAAUAUAAAUAUGGAAGGGCAAAGUCUAAAAACCUCAAUCUGUCGAAAGACGCUACACACUAUCUGACAGACAAAAAAGAAGGAUUAGAAUGGAAUACAAAAACAAUGCUUAUUUAUUAAGUUCAACCAGUCGGACUGUCCAUACUACUAAUGAUAUGCAUUUAUCUGAUUCCUCCAUUACAUCUCAAGACACUAUUAAUUUCAAUAAUAUUUUAAACGAUGAGACUUGCAGUGCAAAUAUAGUAAAUGCACAAAGAAUUGAUAGUUUGUCUCCUUCGUGUAUGUUUGACAGUAAUUCUAUUAGCAACGAUAGUAAUGAACAUGAAUCAAGGACGAAGUCCUUCACAAGUUACUAAUUUUUAUGAUAUUGGUAUAUCAUCAUCAGAUCUUCAGGUAUACACAUGUGCAGCGUUAGGCCCGAUACACACUAGCGGUCCGCUCACGGUCCGAUCAAAUAUUCUUCUAUUGGUUAUAAUGGACGUAUUCACAUUACGGGUAACGCUCAAGUCCCGCUCCGCUCCAUUAUAACAAUAGAAAAAUUUGAUCGGACCGUGAGCGGACCGUGAGCGGACCGCAAGUGUGUAGCGGGCCUUAGCAGAUGAGGUAUAUCACAUAUUAAUAUUCAUGAAGUCAGUGCAAAAGGUUACAGAAUGCCGUAUUGGGAUAGCACAACAGAUGAGAGUAGUGAUGAUAGUACGGCAGAUAAUGCUUUGUAUCCACCGCAAUAUAUUGUAGUUGCUAUAAUGCAUAAUGAAGCAUUGUAAUUAGAAUUGUUAAUCGCCCGAAGAGCAAUCUGUAUUUUUGUUCGUUUUCGAUGGCUUUUCUGCAAAACGUAAUGCGUGUUUUUUUAUAAAUGUUUUUAUAGAUGUCAAAUAAUAUUUGUUACAAUUGUAUUUAUUAUAUCUGUAAUAGAUAUGGCUAUUACAGUCGUAUCUAUCUUUGUUUUUUUCGAUGCUUCUGCAAUACAUAAUACAUACAACUAUUUGUUUUUUUCGAUUCUUCUUCUGCAAAAAAAACGCGUUUUGCAGAAGCCUUGAAAAGAAAAUUCAAUUACAGAAAUCAGAAGCGUGCAGAGAGAGGUGGCCGCCCGCGUGCAAAAAUAAUUUCGUCGCCCCAAAAGUGUAUAUACAUAGUUAGUACUGAAAUUUUUCUUUUAAAAUAUUUAAAGCCUCGCCAACAUUUAGAAAGUUGCUAUUUAGCUGCCAUUUCAUCUCAUUUAUAAUGAAAUAGGUCAUAGCACAAUUCAAUGAAUUUCGAAUUUGGCCGUCCCUAAUUUUGGCCGCCUGCGUGCCAUGCACGCAUUGCACGCUCGCUAGGCACGCCACUGUCAGAAAUUACAUUACAUCUGUAAUGUUAGAUUAUCUAAUAUUUUCUCCUUUAUUAAACGCGACGCGUCGGUUUCUACAAACCGGUGAUUUACUUUUUAAACGCCAAGUUUCUUUUCUUCAACUUUCCGUUUACGUAAUACCGUCAAGUGGAGAGAUACCGUCGAUAAUAUAAACAAUAGAUAAUAAGCAUAGCGUAAACAUAAAAUAGAGCCGAAUGCAACGCUGAUUCUUACGGACCGGCGUGACGUAAACCGAAAGUCCAGCGCCGAUCUGUAAGGACCGGCGUGGAAUUUUACGUGUGUUAUCAUAUUUCAAUGUAACUAUAGUUUGUAAUUGUAAUAAUUUUGAUCCAGCAAACGCUUUAAAUUAGUAUUAAUGAUACAAAAUUGUACUUACAUUCGUUUUUAUAAUACUUUAAGAUUGUAAGAUUGUUGUACUUUUUCUAAUAAUGUAAUCAAAUAUAAUACAUAUCUGUUAAUGUUAUUAAAUAUAAAACUUUAUGUAAUUGUAAAUAAUAAGUCCAAUCACAUUUCUUUUCAUUUCACAUCAGGUAGAGAUUGACGACAGAUCUGAUAUUCCUAAAGCCCGCAUUCACAGUCGAUAUUCCAUUAGAGAAUCUGUUAUAACUAUUUAGAUUUUAGCCAAUUAAAAUAAUUAUUUUAACGUUAAAAUUGGCUAAAAUAUAAAUAGUUAUAACAGAUUCUCUAAUGGAAUAUCGACUGUGAAUACGGGCUUUAGGAAUAUCAGAUCUGUCGUCAAUCUCUUGUCGUUUCUAGCGACAGAUUUGGUUUCUGUUUGUUGCCAAUCUGCCGUCACUUUUGAAAACAGAUCUUGUCUGCAUUAGACGCCACUUUGUUGACAUAUCUGGUAACAGAUUCAGUCUACGUUUGGUACAAAUCUCGAUAUGUUUGAUGACAAAUUUGCUUCUUGUAUGGCGUAAAUGUUUCGUCAUUUGUUGGGACAGAUUUGGUCUACGUUUGUUGCCAAUCGGCUGCCUCUUUGCAGUAAACAGAUCUGUCCUAUGUUUGUUGUGUCAAUCUGUCGUCGCAUUGCUAUUGUCAGAUCUUGUUGUCGUCAAUUUGACUGCGGAAUAUGUUCUUCAGAUUUGGUUCACAUUGGAGACCAACUGAGGACACAGUAGGCCUUGGCUUUGGCAUUAUAGUUCCGCUGGUAUUUGUUUCUCAUUUGGCAACAUCCCAUAACCAAAAUGUUUGCUGGGUCCUUAUUUAUAAAGAAUAGUCUAUAAAUCUGCCCACAACAUUUAAAAUAUCAGCAAUACGAAUAUAUCCUUUACAUAUUCUAUAAAUGUUCACAGAAUAUUCAAAUGUAUUGAAAAUGUAGAUGGCGUUCAGAAAGCACAGGAAAUACCAUGGACAUAGGAAUACAGGGACAGAGCAUAAACUCAUAACAUAGGUGAGGGGAGUGAAGCCAAAACGCGGGGAGUAACUGUGCCUAAUUUUUGUUGGCUAUAGCUGUGCGCAUGCUCAGUACUACUUUUUUCGAAUGAUUGACAGAUUUCAUGUCAUCUGAGAUGAUCUGACGCACUAUGACGCGUGACAACGUGAAUGUACAAUUAAUAAUAAAUUAAUAAUACAUAAAUCAUGGACAUUGGAAUGACAUAAAUUAAUAAUAAUAAAUAAAAUAAUUUAUUACAAAUGCGGGCACUGGAUGAAAUUGAUAAUUUUUCAAGAUGCAAAAUAUCAAUCCACAAAUUGCGAAUGGUACUAUUCUUUGGAAAACUAAAAAUAAUAUUUUAAACUAUUAUGAAAAUAAAGUAAUAUUUAAUAUUAAUAUUUAAACUUUUAUUUAAUAAAAUAAAUUAACACAAUUAAUAUUAACCUAUGAAAUGUCACUUUUUGUUUAUCAAUGUUUUUUUCCAAUUUUGAUAAUCUGAUCUAUUUUACAGUUUGGCACACAACAUAACACCAUUUAAAAAAAUUUAAUAACACUUCACUAACACUAUAAACACUAUAAACACUGUAAAUAUUAUAAAUGCUAUUUUACUAUUAUUAUUUUGUUGGUUGUCACAAUAUAAAUUUUUUGCAACGAAAUAUAUGAAUAAUUUUUAUAUAUGUACUAAUGCGCAUGCGCAAACUACAGCCAAUCAAAUUUAGGCACACUUUACCACGUCGCACCGUCCCGCAGUGGCUUCACCCCCGCAAUGAUAUGCUCUGUCCCUGUAUUCCUAUGUCUAUGGGAAAUACCAACUCAUAACCUAAUCUCUUUUUCGUUUCACUUUCACGUGGAGCACUUCCGGAUUACCAUACGCAAAUUGGCGACAAAUUAUUUUACGUCUUCAUAUAUAGUGUUCAUUUUGCAAGUGUUCAAGUGUUCAUGUUUGAAAUAUAUACUAUGUAUAUAAAUUAUAUUUAUUUUUCCAUCAUUGAUCAGUUAGAUACAAAUACAUAUGUUGAUAAAAAAAGAUAAAAAAUAACAUCAAAAUAUGUUUCAUCAUGUAUAUAUAAGUCAUCCUAUACAUAAGUUGUAAUAUACUAAUUUAGUUGUGAAUUUAUAUAUACAUAUAUUAUAAAUAAUCAAUUGCAAUCUAUCCUAUAUCAUAACUAUGUUUAUUAUAUGUAUAUGAUAAAAC